AUGACGUCCAACUACCACGACUCGCCCUAUGGCGGUCACAAGGUGUAUCAGGACCCCGAGUUUCCGCAUUUGAGCACGCAAAAGUUGCCCGAUUUGGGAUACAAUCCACAUCAAGAUUUGCAGUUCAACCAGGACGAUAGUUACAUGGAAGAAGACUCGCGCGAACUUUCCGUACAGGAAGAGGCGCCCUCACAUUGGAAUACGGGAAACCUGCCUCUUCGAACCACUCAUUUGGCUGCUCCAAUGGCUCCAGGCCAUCAGUUCCAACUCAGUCCUACCUUCUCCGGCAACACAUUCGAUGACCUCAACGAGCCUCGGGGAAACUUCCAACUGAUUGAUCUGGGGUCGUCUCUUGCAUUCAAGCCUCCUUCGGCAUUCACUGCCUUGAACAAUAGCAGUCGCACCAAUCUCUCAGAAACGAGCACUCUGAAUAAUUCGAAUUCUUUGGGUUACUCGUACCAUGAUGGGGUCGGCGCCUCGAAGGUCCACAUCAGCGCGCCAAGCCCUUAUGAUCAGCCACAGCACUCUGGUCUGGGCUUCUUGGACUCCGCAGUGACUAAUGGGGGCCAUGAUGGCAUUUCGGCUCAUCAGACACCAUCACCCUUCAAUCCGACGUAUGACCACAUUUUUGGAGCUGCGCAGGACUCCCAGACUCCCUCAAAUCAGGCUUAUAGACAAAACUAUGGUCAAACUCCCUCACAGCCGCACUAUCCUCCUGCGAACAAUGGUCAACAUUAUCAGCAACAACAGCAGCAACAACAGCAACAACAGCAGCAGCAGCAGCAUCAACAACAAUAUCAAGCACAACAGCAGCAGCUCCUUCUACAACAACAGCAACAACAGCAACAACAGCAGCUACAGCAGGCUCAACAGGCUCAACAGGCUCAACAGGCUCAACAGGCUCAACAGGCUCAACAGGCUCAACAGGCUCAUCAAGCUCAACAAAUGCAACAAGCGCAACAAGUUCAAUAUGACCAGCAUAGCCAGCCUGGCGAGCCUGGACACAGCCUGACACCGAAUGAAUCGAGUCAACCGCGGACUCCACCUCAUCAUGACUAUGCUAAUGAUUUUGACAACGGAAAGUCUGCCAAUAUUCAAUUUGAUAGAAAUGCCAGUUCUAUGAGUCGCUUGUCGCAGGAUAAAGCAGCAGCGGUCAAGUUGCGUUUGGAGAACCACUAUCAAAUGGCAGUGAGUCAUGCAAUUGAGAGAAAUCAACGAUGGUUGGAUUUGGAAAACAAACUAGCGCAGGAAGAAGAGACCAUGAGCGAGGAGCGCAAAAAUAGGCAAUUACAAAACCUCGGAAAGAAAGAAUCUCAGUUUUUGCGACUCAGGAGAACAAAAUUAUCUUUGGAAGAUUUUAUUACGGUGAAGGUCAUUGGUAAAGGUGCUUUUGGAGAGGUGAGAUUGGUCCAGAAAAAGGAUACUGGUAAGAUUUACGCCAUGAAGACUCUUUUGAAAUCUGAAAUGUACAAGAAAGAUCAGCUUGCGCAUGUGAAAGCUGAGAGAGAUGUUUUGGCAGGCAGUGACUCCCCGUGGGUUGUGUCUCUUUACUACUCGUUUCAAGAUUCCAUUAAUUUGUACUUGAUUAUGGAGUUCCUCCCUGGUGGAGACUUGAUGACAAUGCUUAUUAGAUGGCAGAUCUUCACAGAGGACAUUACUAGAUUCUAUAUGGCUGAAUGUGUUUUGGCAAUUGAAGCCAUUCACAAAUUGGGUUUCAUCCAUAGAGAUAUUAAGCCCGACAAUAUCUUAAUUGACAUUCGAGGCCACAUUAAGCUUUCGGACUUUGGACUAUCAACUGGAUUCCACAAAACGCACGACUCCAACUACUACCGCAAAUUGCUCGAAAAGCCUGAUCAGAAUCAAAACCCCUCUCCUCAAAAGAAUGCUGAAAGAAACUCUAUGAUGGUAGAUGCUAUCCAUCUCACAAUGACCAAUAGACAGCAAAUGCAAACCUGGAGAAAGUCAAGAAGAUUGAUGGCUUACUCCACGGUUGGUACCCCAGACUAUAUUGCUCCUGAAAUCUUCAUUCAUCAGGGUUACGGACAAGAGUGUGAUUGGUGGUCUCUCGGUGCAAUCAUGUUUGAGUGUCUUAUCGGGUGGCCUCCAUUCUGCUCUGAGACUCCUCAUGAGACUUACAGAAAGAUCAUCAAUUGGCAAGAAUCUUUGAUCAUUCCAGACGACAUUCACUUGUCGCCUGAGGCAGAAGAUCUCAUUCGCAGUCUUUUGACAAGCAGCGAUAAUAGACUUGGCCGUCACGAUGGUGCCAAUGAGAUUAAACAGCACCCAUUUUUCCGUGGAGUUGACUGGGAGACAAUCCGCAGAGUGGACGCGCCAUUUAUUCCAAAAUUGAGGUCCAUCACAGACACACGGUUUUUCCCUACAGACGAGUUGGAGCAUGUUUCGACCGAGCCCGCCAUGAUCCCGGCAGCAGCACAGCCUGUGGGAGAGGAUGGAAAGAACAUCAAUGAAGACCUUCCAUUUAUUGGGUACACAUACUCCAGAUUCGACUACUUGACUCGGAAGAAUGCUCUUUAA